GGGACUCAACAGUUCCAUCCAUCAGUCAAAGCCUCAUCCUGAGUCGUCUCCCUCUGCUCUCUCCUGCAUUCUUCCCUUGAUCGAUUGCGCACAUUGUGCAUUGCAUUGGCCGGCACAGUCCCACGGUCUCCUAACGAUCCCACCUGCAUCAUGGCGGAACUCGUCCCCCCCAAUGCCUGGGACACGCACAUCCACGUCUUCGACCCGGAGACCUUCCCCUAUGCCACGCCGCGGUCGUACACGCCCCGGGCGGCGCAGAUGGCCGAGUACCCGACGGCCGUGACGGGGUGCCGCAACGUCGUCAUCGUGCACGCCUCGAUGCAGGGCACGUCACCCGCGCCGCUGGUCGACACGCUGGCCAAGCAGGCGCACCUGCCCGGGUACCGGCUGCGCGGGCUGGCGACGAUCGACCCGGACAGCAUCACGGACGAGGAGCUGGACGCGCUGCACGCGGCCGGGGUGCGCGGGGCGCGGCUGCACGAGAUGGCCUGGGGCCACGGCAAGCAGAGCGGCGGCGGCGACAUCAUCCGCAAGGUCACGGCCCUGGCCCAUCGCCUGGGGCGGCUGGGAUGGGCCAUCGGCAUCUUCUGCCCGGUCAGCGCGUGGGCGGCCAUGGCCGACACCAUCCGCGGGCUCGACCCGCGCAUCCAGAUGGUGGCCGACCACUUCGGCGGCACGUUCCCCGGCGAGGAGCACUCGCCCGAGUUCGCCACCUUCCUGGAGCUGAUCCGCGAGAAGCGCGUCUGGGUGAAGGUGUCCGGGUUUGAGCGGCUGUAUCACGGCCACGCGGGGGGCAUGGCGGCCCUGCAGCCCAUCGCGCAGGCGGUCAUCGCGGCGGGUCCGGAUCGCAUCGUCUUUGGGACGGACUGGCCGCACACGCAGCUGGGGGUGACGCGCAAGGGCAAAUCCGACCAGCAGCGACUCGAGGAGGUCGAGGGGUUCCGUGAGGUACCUGAUGCCGAGCACAUCCGGACGUUGCGCGAAUGGAUCCCGGACGAGGAAACCUGGCAGAAUUUGUGGGUCCACAACCCCGCGCGACUCUUUCAGUAG